CCCGCGGCGGCAGCGCCUGGGCCUGAGCGCCGGCCCCCCGGGCCGAGGCAGCGGCGGCGGCGGCCAGCGGAGCGCGGGGGCCGAGCGGAGGGGCCGGAGGGAAGGCACGGAGGGAGGGCCCCGGCCGCCCUGCCCUCCGCCCUCCGCCGCCGCGCCCGCCCGCGCCCCCCUCCCCGCGCCGCCCGGCAUGGACGGCGGCGGGGGCGGCCCCGAGGGCACCGGCCUGGAUAAAAUGCUCGAGGGCUCCGCUUCCUGCCGAAGAUCCCUCCCCGCCCUGCCCCUGCCGUGAUCCCGACCCCGCUCCAGCCCCUCCAGGACCCCCGAGGCCGCCGGGCUCCGAUGGAAGAGGCGCCGGGCCGCAGCAGCCGCCCCGAGCCGCAGCCCCGCGGGCCGGAGGGCGCCCCAUGAGCCCCCCCAGAUGAGCCAGGCAGCCAAGGGCGAGCCCCCCGGGGCCGGCAUGGCGCAGGAGGGGCCGCCUGCCUUCUACCCCGGCCAGGAGCUGGACCUGUCCACCAAGGUGUACAAGAGGGAGUCAGGGAGCCCCUUCUCGGUGCUGGUGGACAGCAAAGUGAGCAAAGGCCACCUCCACGAGAGGGAGGAGCAGCCGUUUUUCAGGGAGAGCAGAGCGGUAGGAGAGGUCCGGGCUGUGAAAGAAGACAGGGAAAACUCUGACGACUCUGAGGAGGAGGAAGAGGAGGAAGAUGAAGUGACUUACAAAAGGGAGCAGAUUAUAGUGGAGGUAAACCUUAACAACCAAACCUUAAAUGUGUCCAAAGGGGAGAAGGGUGUCCCCUCCCAGUCCAAAGAGACUGCUGUCCUUAAGAGCAGCAGUGAGGAAGAGGAGGGUGACAGUGGGGAAGAGGCCACGGAAGACAGUAACGAUUACGAGGAGAACGAGAGGCAGAAGAAGAAGGAGAAAAGAGUGGAGAAGGUUAGCGUUGGCCAGAGGAGAAGCAGGAGAGCCGCCUCCGCCGCGGCCGCCGCCGCCUCGCCGGCGCCCCGAGCGACGCGGGGCCGCAGGAAGAGCGCGGAGCCCCCCAAGAGGAAGAAGAAAGCUGCAAAGGAGCCCAAGGCGCCUGUGCAGAAAGCCAAGUGCGAGGAGAAGGAGACUCUGACCUGUGAGAAGUGCCCCAGGGUGUUUAACACACGCUGGUACCUGGAGAAGCACAUGAACGUCACCCACAGGCGGAUGCAGAUCUGCGACAAAUGUGGGAAGAAAUUUGUGCUAGAGAGUGAGCUGUCCCUCCACCAGCAAACUGACUGUGAAAAAAACAUCCAGUGCGUGUCCUGUAACAAAUCCUUCAAGAAGCUCUGGUCGCUCCACGAGCACAUCAAGAUCGUGCACGGCUACGCCGAGAAGAAAUUCUCCUGCGAGAUCUGCGAGAAGAAGUUCUACACCAUGGCCCACGUGCGCAAACACAUGGUCGCGCACACCAAGGACAUGCCCUUCACCUGCGAGACCUGCGGGAAGUCCUUCAAGCGCAGCAUGUCCCUCAAGGUGCACUCCCUGCAGCACUCCGGGGAAAAGCCCUUCCGCUGCGAGAACUGCGACGAGCGCUUCCAGUACAAGUACCAGCUGCGCUCGCACAUGAGCAUCCACAUCGGGCACAAGCAGUUCAUGUGCCAGUGGUGCGGGAAGGACUUCAACAUGAAGCAGUACUUCGACGAGCACAUGAAAACUCACACCGGGGAGAAGCCGUUCAUCUGCGAGAUCUGCGGCAAGAGCUUCACCAGCCGGCCCAACAUGAAGCGCCACCGUCGGACGCACACGGGGGAGAAGCCGUACCCGUGCGACGUCUGCGGCCAGCGCUUCCGCUUCUCCAACAUGCUCAAGGCGCACAAGGAGAAAUGUUUCCGCGUCACCAGCCCCGGCGGCAGCCCCGGCCCCGCCGCGCUGCACCCGCAGCACCCGCAGCACCCGCAGCACCCGCAGCACCCGCAGCACCUGCCCGUGCCCCCCGUGCCGCACCUGCCGCCGCCCCCCGCCCUCUUCAAGAGCGAGCCCCUCAACCACCGCGGCCACGGCGGCGACGGCUUCCUGCGGCACCUGGACAAGGGCGGCGCGGCGCAGCCACACUGAGACAGCCGCGGCAGCCGGGA